GGUAAUACCCGCUCCAUCGCGGGUCAGGUCGGAUAAUACCCGCAAGGCGGGUUGAAAUUGUCAUCACUAAAUCAAUGUAAGUGUUUAAAACAAAAUACUCGAAACUGACACGAAUGUAUCCAUGAUUUUACAAAGCCCAAAACUAGAACCUUCAUUUUUUGAAAAUUUACCAACCCGUUAGUAGGAUUAUUCUUAGCAGUUUGGGCCACGGGCUUGCUUCUUUAACGCCGAAUGGGCCUCUCUGUUCUUACAUUCUACUUAGGCUUUAGUUGCGGAGAUGGCCCAGCUCUUGGAUCCAAAUCUGCAUCCUCUCUCCCCCAAUCCUGUAAAGAAUCAAAGCAGAUUUUCUGGUGGCAGCAUCAGCCAAUAACCAGAUCGUAUGAGAAGCAAACAGCGUUAGCUAGUAGUGACCGGGCGCACGGCCCCACAUCCAGAUAAGGCAGGGAUAAGGUGGAUAUCUUCCUGUCCGUCAGAUGGAUACCCAUCCUAAAUCCAACGGCAGUAAUCCAUUGUCGUGGAUAAACCACAGAAUAAGGAGAGGUUCCCAUUAGCAGUUAUAACUCGACCCCGAUCAAAGUCAAUUUUUGAAUCCGCCUUCCAUCUCCCAAUCUCAAAGUAGAGUUUCAGAUAAAAAAAAAAAAAUUUCCCAGUCCAGCCAUGGCCGCCACCUCAGCUGCCGCCGCAGCCACGUCGUCCUUGAUGGGGACGCGGCUGCCGGACAUCUACUCCAACAACUCCGGUCGGGUCCAAGCUCGUUUCGGUUUCGGGGCCAAGAAGGCCGCGCCGAAGAAGGCGGCCAAGCCCAGCACGGGCCGACCGCUUUGGUACCCAGGCGCCCAGGCACCCGAAUGGCUGGACGGGAGCCUGGUCGGGGAUUACGGGUUCGACCCGUUCGGUCUGGGGAAGCCGGCCGAGUACCUGCAGUUCGAUCUGGACUCGUUGGACCAGAACCUGGCGAAGAACCUGGCCGGUGACGUCAUCGGGACCCGGACGGAGACCGACGACGUCAAGUCGACGCCGUUCCAGCCGUACAGCGAGGUGUUUGGCCUGCAGCGGUUCCGCGAGUGCGAGCUCAUCCACGGGAGGUGGGCCAUGUUGGCCACUCUCGGCGCCCUCACCGUCGAGUGGCUCACCGGCGUCACCUGGCAAGACGCCGGGAAGGUGGAAUUGGUGGAAGGGUCGUCGUAUUUGGGGCAGCCGCUGCCGUUCUCGCUGACGACAUUGAUAUGGAUCGAGGUGUUGGUGAUCGGAUACAUCGAGUUCCAGAGGAACGCGGAGCUGGAGUCGGAGAAGAGGCUGUACCCAGGAGGGCCAUUCGACCCAUUGGGCCUGGCGAGCGACCCGGAGAAGAAGGCGACCCUUCAGUUGGCGGAGAUCAAGCACGCUCGCCUGGCCAUGGUGGCGUUCCUUGGGUUCGCAGUUCAGGCGGCGGUGACAGGGAAGGGCCCGCUCAACAACUGGGCCACGCACUUGAGCGAUCCUCUCCACACCACCAUCAUUGACAAUCUCAGCUCUUAAAAAAUUUGGGUUUGGACUUUGGAGUUUGAGAUGGAAUGAUGGUUCCUCUUGUUCUACGUGUUUUGCUCGUGUAAUCUCUCUUGUAAAAACUAGCACUGGAUCCUGCGAUUAUGUAUCUUCCGUGUGUAUUUUUUUUACACAUAAUGUGUGGUUUGUCCGGUAGUUUAUCACAAAUUAUCUUAUGCAUAAUGCAUUGAAAAUAUGAAAAAGAUCGUGCUAACUAACAAAGAAAUGCAACUAAACCAAAGAUAGGAGGAGUUGGGAUUAUUUCCCUCGUAUACCAAGAGUUCUCGCAGGGUCGGGAGAAUAUAUCAUACCGUUAGAAAAAUUGUGGUUUAAACCAUACCGUAUAGUUUGGUUCGGACCAUAGUUUGUUAAGUAUGGUCUAGUCUGGUCCAUGGUCUGUAUUAUUUUAUGUUUUGAUCUCUUGGUCUGGUUUAGACCGCUGUUUACCGGACCAAACGGUGGACCCAACUAACUUGUCAAUACGUGUUAACAGCCCAUUCGAGAUUCGACCACUCUCCCAACUCCCACAACGACACCCAAGUCUCAACCUUAGUUUUGUGAAUCUCGUCCCUCCUUCAUUCACAACCACAUUUAACUAGAGAGUAGAGAUAAUCGUGCCUCCAUAUGACAUUAUGUUAAUGUUUAUGACGUUAUGGUGCAAGUUGGGAUGCUUUUACUUUGUAUCUUUGUUAUGUACUAAGAUUUAGAGUAUCAAAAUUAUUCAUGCAUGUUAGGAUUAAUGAUUUAAGGCAAAUAACAAUUAUUUUUCCUGGUUAUUGUUACAAUUUUUUGUGUGGUUGACUAAACAAAUUAUUCAUUUUUCGUAGAGUGUGGUCUAUUUGGACCAGACCAGAUCGAACCACACCGCACAAUCAUGGUCUGGACCGGACCGUAUAGUCUGUAGUCUGGUCUGUGGUCUAUACUUUAGCCUCUCGUUCUGGACCAUAGACUGUAUAUAUGGUUUGGUCUGGACCAGACCGCACCGUGUCUCAGCCCUAGUUACGGAUAUGAGGGAUUUUGCCUAGGUUUUCCUUGUGAAAAAUAGGGGUUAUUGGAUUUUCUCAAAGGCUUAAGGUUCAUAGUACCCUGGAUAAGUCUUGUUUUCAAGUGAUUGUUAUCUUAGGAGUCGUUUGGAGAACGGGAUUUAGGGCGUGGAUUCAUUGAAUCCGUAGAUUUUGUAGAAAGUUAUGUUUUUUUUUUGUUACUUUUUGUAUUGUGGAUUUUAGUUUUAGAGAUUUCAAAUCUCUAAAAUCUAUGGAUAUCAAAUCUCUUAUAAUCAGAGAGAUUCUAUAUUUUGAUUCGUUAGAAUUUUUACUUCUACUUUUUCACUUUCUUUUAUUUAUUUAUCAUAUUAAAUAUAUGUAUCAACAAAGUUCCUAAUAUUUCUCGAACCACUGUAAUGAAUCCCAAACAGAAAACGCACAAGCUACUAGCAGCAUGCGAGCCGGCAAUAGUUCCCAAAAAGGAACGUUUUAAUAAACAAAAAAAAAAACGCAUUAGUAGUCGUCUCGUCGUGAUAGGAAGAUGUCCUUCAUUUUCUUCCUUUGUUUUUUUAUGGAAAUGUCAUUUUCCUUGGAUUUUGAAGGCGACGCAUCACAGCUUUGGCCUUAGGGUAUUCUCAAUCAAUGAUGAAGUCUACUAAUCGCCGAUUUGUGCGGAAAUUUGGUCUUAUUUUUCCGGAGGGCAUUUUCUUAAUUGUAGGCGAUUUUUUCGAAAGGCCGUUUUCCUUAGAUUUUGAAAGCUGCAGAUCACAGAUUCAGCCUGAGGUUAUUAUUUAAGGAUGAAUAAGUCUAUUAAACACCGAUUGGAGCG